AUGACCAACACGACACUGCCACACACAUUUGACAUUGCCCUCUAUUACCUCAACCCUGAUCAAAUUGAAACAGAGAUUGAAGUGCCAGCAUUUUUCAGCAAGCAUAUGCUCCAGUUAGAUCCAAGCACCAUUUCUCAGAUCCAAUAUGCAGGUACUCAGACCAUUGACCUAACGCCUGUUGAUGACGUCCUUAUAGACAUAAGAUCACAAGAGAAGUCCCUGCUGCAACCCAUAGGCUAUGUCUGGUCCACUCCAGACACCUUGCUAGCAGUCGCCAUAGGGUUAGGGUACCUCCUGACCUUUGGGUUAACCUUCAUCUACGUCAAACGUGGUAGGUCCCUUCAGUACAAAAUAGACCAAUGUGUCACUAGGUUACGACUCCGUAGACAACCAGAAACGGAGCAGGGAGUUGAGGAGCCAGAGGAAGACCAGGUGAGCCACAUGCUCGAGGUGUAG